UCAGUCCAGCACACUGUUCAAGCUGGACUUUGACCACACAGCUCCCCAGAAACACUGAAUUAAUAUUUUGAUAAUGGGGUCUAGCACUUGUACGGUCAAGAUCUUCCACCUGUUCCUGCUUUCCCUUGUCUUCGAAAGUAGCUGUGGGAUUCCUUCAGUAUUUUUGGAAAAGUCAGAGGCAAACAGACUGCUUCUGCGCAGAGGGAAACGCGCCAACUCACUUUUUGAGGAGCUGAAGUUGGGUGAUCUGGAGAGGGAGUGUUUGGAGGAGAAGUGCAGCUACGAGGAAGCACGGGAAAUCUUCUCAAUCCCUGAGAGCCUAGAUGAGUUCUGGGCUAAUUAUGCAGAGGAGGAUGCAUGCAAAUCUGGGCCUUGCCAGAAUGGGGCAACGUGUACGGACCAGGUCAAGUCCUACACCUGUAUUUGUCCCCCUGACUUCGUGGGACGAAACUGUGAGACUGAGGUGAGGAGCUCGUUCGGCUGCCUGUACAAGAACGGCAACUGCGAACACUUCUGCACCAAGGUUCCAGGCUUUCAGCACCACUGCCACUGUGCCCCAGGCUACGCCUUGGGAAGUGACAACAUCAGCUGCGUGCCACAAGUUCCAAUUCCCUGUGGAAAAGUGAUGGAGAACUUCAACCCAAGGAUAGUGAGGGGUUCCAUGUGCCCCAAGGGGGAGUGUCCAUGGCAGGCAAUGCUGGAGUAUAACAAUAAAUACAUUUGUGGAGGAAUCAUCCUGGACACAGCCUGGAUUCUCACUGCUGCUCACUGCAUAUGGCGUUUAGAAGCAUCUCUGCUGAAGGUCACUGUGGGUGAACACAUCCGUUCCAUGGAUGAGGGCACGGAGCAGAUGAGGAAGGUAAUGAAGGUGAUAGUCCACCCACUCUACAACCACACCUCCCACGACAGUGACUUGGCACUCCUCCAACUCGCUAAGGAAGUGAAGCUGGACCGUUAUGUGGUUCCGGUUUGCCUUCCACCGCGGACUGGGGACUUUGCAAGAGUGACACUGGCAGCCAUCCGUACCUCUGUCGUGAGUGGCUGGGGCAGACUGUCCCAGUAUGGCCCGGAGUCGAGCAUCCUGCAGCGACUCGAGGUCCCACGGGUGUCUCUGCAAGAGUGCAAGGCCCAGACUAACCUCGCCCUCACCCACAACAUGCUGUGCGCUGGCUUCUUGGAGGGUCAGCAGGAUUCAUGCCAGGGGGACAGUGGGGGUCCCUUAGUCACUCGCUAUAAGAACACCUGGUUCCUCAGUGGCGUUGUGAGCUGGGGAAAAGGCUGUGCCCAGUCUGGCUUCUAUGGCAUCUACACUCGGGUUGCUAACUACCUUCAGUGGAUCAACAGCACUAUGGCUGCUGUGUAGUGAGAUGCUGCUGAGAUACUAGGGCACUCUUCCAAACUUGUGUUGGUGCCUUAGCCACAACAAUCAUGUUGUUAACUGGGAAAUGUCCGGCUCUCUAACCAGCAUAAGUAACCGGUAACUGUACCGGUAACACACCUUUCCAGGUAACUGAUCGAACUCCUGCAGAGAGAGUUUGCAAAACCAUUUAACCUUACAUAUACUUUCCUAAAGGACCUUAGACAUCAUCUUCACAGGAUUAGUGACUUCACCCUUUACAUGCACACAAUUUGGAUUCAGUUACACGUUCCUCUUUUUAGAGUUUAUUGUUUAUUUGCAAUCACUGAAAGACUGUGCUUUGAACAACAGAUUUAUUAUCCACGUAAUUUAUAUGACUGCUAAAAUAAAGAAUUUGCCUUUUUAGCAUUCAUAGUUAACUAAUUUCAAUUUUCAAUGCACAAAGACAUGGUGAUUGGUUAAGAUACUGCAACUGUAGUCUGAAGGAUUCAAGCUUAUAUCUUGAAUGGUAGUUUACCUUACUGAUACUACUAACUCAUUCCCCAUGUUCCCAAUCCUAAUAAUUUUCAAAUGACUCAUGAUGAUUUCUAUAUUCUGCUAGUAAUAUGAUUAGUCAUACUUAAUCACAGAGAAGAACAUUAUCAAAUCUAAGUUUUUUUCAGUGGUAGUCAGUGUAGUGGCUAACAGUACUAACACAAAGCAUGAACAUUGUUGGUUCAAAUCACAGGAGGAGCUCUGUUUGAACAUGCUGACACUGUAGCAGGCAGGUCUGUUACUAGUUUGGUGAAUGCGGGUGAAUGGUGGUGCCUCUUUUAAAGGCCUGCAAAUAAUCCAGUAGUAAUUAAUUUUAUUUAAAAAACAGGGGAGAGAAAUAAACUUUCAGGGACCCAGAAUUCCUGGUUACAGCCCUCGCCACAGGAAUUACAAUGGUUAGAGUCGAUGCCUUGCACUCACUGGGCCCAGGUUUGAAUCCCACCGCCUACUGCAGUACCCUUAAGCAAGGUAUUUAUGCUAAUAUGUUGCUCUAAGCCUUCCUCUGGUGUAUAAAUGGGUAAUUCAGUGCAAGUAACUUAUAAUUUCAUCCAUCUGUUGUCAACAACCGCUUGUUCCGAGAGGGGUUGUGGCGAGCGGGAGCCUUACCUGGCAACACGGCGC